AGACAGCCUUUCCUGUCGAGGCUGCCAUCAUGUCUCACCGCAAGUUUUCUGCACCUCGCCAUGGCUCUAAGGGCUUCUUGCCCAGAAAGAGGAGCAAGCGUCAUCGUGGUAAAGUUAAGGCUUUCCCGAAUGAUGACAAGUCGAAGCCCGUACACCUGACAGCUUUCCUGGGGUACAAGGCUGGUAUGACUCACAUUGUGAGGGAGGUGGACAGACCUGGAUCAAAGGUAAACAAGAAGGAAGUGGUUGAAGGUGUGUCUAUUGUGGAGACCCCACCGAUGGUGAUUGUAGGUGUCGUAGGUUACAUUGAGACCCCCAGGGGACUGAGAACCUUUAAAACCAUCUGGGCAGAGCAUCUGAGUGAAGAGUGUAGACGGCGAUUCUACAAGAACUGGUCCCGCUCCAAGAAGAAGGCAUUCACCAAAGCCAGCAAGAAGUGGCAGGAUGACGCCGGCAAGAAAGAGAUUGAGCAGGACUUUGCCAAGAUGAAGAAGUACUGCAAAGUCAUCCGUGUGAUUGCCCAUACUCAGACUAAGCUGUUAAAGAAGCGCCAGAAGAAGGCCCACAUCAUGGAGAUCCAGCUGAAUGGUGGCUCUAUUUCAGACAAGGUGGACUUUGCUCGGGAGCAUUUUGAGAAGACUGUGCCAGUCAAGGACCUCUUCGCACAAGACGAGUUGAUAGACAUAAUUGGUGUGACCAAGGGAAAGGGAGUUAAAGGUGUCACUUCCCGUUGGCACACUAAGAAGCUGCCCCGUAAGACCCACAAGGGUUUGAGGAAGGUGGCCUGUAUUGGAGCCUGGCAUCCAAGUCGUGUCCAGUACUCUGUGGCCAGAGCUGGUCAGAAGGGUUACCAUCACAGAACAGAGAUUAACAAGAAAAUCUACCGCAUUGGUGCCGGUGUCCACUCCAAGGACGGUAAAGUGGUGAAGAACAACGCUGCCACAGAGUAUGACCCAACAGAGAAGACCAUCACACCGCUGGGUGGGUUCCCGCAUUAUGGAGAGGUGAACCAGGACUUUGUCAUGAUCAAGGGCUGUGUCACUGGACCCAAGAAGAGGGUUAUCACACUGCGCAAGUCUUUACUGACGCAUUUCAAGAAGAGAGCCAUGGAGAAAAUCAACCUCAAGUUUAUCGACACCUCCAGCAAAUUUGGUCAUGGACGCUUCCAGACCAUCGAGGAGAAAAAGAACUUCCUUGGUCCACUCAAGAAGGAUCGCGUCAAGACUGAGGCCUCCGUAUAAGAGUACCUCAUUAUUUUACUGUACCAGGUGUCAUUUAUAAGAAUAAAUUGACCCAAUGGAAUGGA